AUGGUUUCAUCUAUUAUGGCGGAUAAAAAUAAGGAGGAUAACGAUAUUGUUCCAGCUCCAAAGCUUAUUGAAGUUGUCUUCCAGAAUUGUAGAGGACGGGUGGAUCACUGGGUGGAGCCAUAUCUCAGAAUCACAAUUGAACGCUUGAACCGGACUGAAAAGUCAUAUUUGAAAUGUCUUUUCAUGCAACUGAUUGCAGAUGCUCUUUACUACAAUGCAGCACUGACUCUCAGCAUAUUGCAAAAGUUGGGUGUCGCCUCUGAAUUCUUCCAUCUUUGGUUUCAUUUGUUGGGACAAGUCAAAAAGAGUGGUUUGCGCGCUAAUUUCAAACGGGAACAUGAGAAGAAAGUGUGCUGCCUUGGUUUAAUUUCGUUGCUGGCACUACCGACUUAUCAAUUGCCUGGGGAGGCUUUGGGCCGAGUAUUUCGGGCCACACUUGAUCUUCUAAUUUCUUACAAGGAUCAAGUUGCAGAAGCUGCAAAGGAGGAAGAAGCUGAAGAUGAUGAUGAUAUGGAUGGCUUUCAAACUGAUGACGAAGAUGAAAAUGGCAAUGGUUUUGAUAAGGGACUUUUUACAUCGGUUAUUACUCCCAACCGAUGUAAAAAGUUGCGUCACUAG